UCAAUGUUGUCGACGAUCCACUCUGACGCAACGCACGUUGUCUUCACACGAUGGACAUGUCAAGUAUUUUCAGCAAUACCGUUGAAGGAAUAAAAAAUGGGGAUCCUUCAGCGAUUGGAAUCUUAGUUGCUGUAUCUGUAGUAGUCUUAACUAUACUGAUAUUUCUUCUGGGUGGCAAAAGCAACAAACGCCAGGGUGUACUACUACUGGGAAUGUGUGACACAGGAAAAACCCUCAUAUUUCAUAGGCUUGUUCACAGAAGUGAAAAACCAAUACAUACUGUAACAUCAAUAUCCCCCAACAGUGGAGAUUAUUCUGUGCCAGGAAAGAACAAGUCUUUGAAGAUCUAUGAUCUGCCAGGCCAUGAGAGAUUGAGACUUCAGGUGUUGGAUCAGUUCAAAGGACUGGCCAGGGGUAUUGUGUAUGUGAUAGACAGUACUUCUCUACAGAAAGAUAUCAAAGAAGUAGCAGAAUUCCUGUACACAGUACUGAGCGACCCAGUGGUUCUGGGUCAUGCCCCUCCUGUUCUGAUUGCAUGUAACAAGCAGGAUCAACAUCUAGUCAAAGGAGCUGGCUUUAUAGAGAAACAGCUGCAAAAAGAAAUGAACACUCUGAGAGUGACCCGCUCAGCUGCUCUCCAGCAACUAGAGGGAACCACAGGAAAUAAUAACACCUACCUAGGCAAGCGCAACAAGGACUUUGAAUUUUCAGAUCUGAAGCCAAUGAAAGUUCAGUUUGUAGAAUGUAGUGCAGUAGACACUUCUGACAAAGAUCAACCUGGACUCAUGGAAGUGGAGAAAUGGCUCUCAGCAUUAGUAUAAGUAAAGUUGAUUAGAUAAUAUUAUGGGUAACUUCAAGAUGUACAUGUAACAGAUUUGUAGAUUGUGUAAGGAAAAUGUAUUGGAUGUACAUUGUAUAAAUGUUGUUUGAUGUUUAUGAGUGAAAACAGUUGACUGCAAAGGUUACAGACAUAUUUCUUCAUUUAUCAAGUUCAUCACCAGUAUCAUUAUUUUUUAGGGAGGAUGGUAUUUUCAAUUUCAUUUUAAGCUCUACUGGUCAGAGACCAGAAGAGCUUAUGCGAUAGUAAUGCGUCCGGCGUCCGUCCGUCUGUCUGUCUAGCUGUCCGUCUGUCCGUCUGUCUGUAAACAAUUUUUCAAAAUGCUACUCCUCCUACAGUUUUGGUCUAAUUUCAAUAUAACUUGGCACACAAGUAGACUACACUAAGAUACAUAAUUCUGUGUAUCGGUUUUUGAUUUCGAUGAACGGUGUUGCCGUGGUUACUAAAAAUAGAAAUUUCUGUGAAAUUCUUUCAAAAUGCUACUCCUCCUACAGUUUUAGUCUGAUUUCAGUAUAACUUGGCACACAAGUAGACUACACUAAGAUACGUAAUUCUGUAUAUCGGUUUUUGAUUUCGAUGAACGGUGUUGCCGUGGUUACUAAAAAAUAGAAAUUUCUGUGAAAUUCUUUCAAAAUGCUACUCCUCCUACAGUUUUGGUCUGAUUUCAGUAUAACUUGGCACACAAGUAGACUACACUAAGAUACAUAAUUCUGUGUAUCGGUUUUUGAUUUCUAUGAACGGUGUUGCCGUGGUUACUAAAAAUAGAAAUUUCUGUGAAAUUCUUUCAAAAUGCUACUCCUCCUACAGUUUUGGUCUGAUUUCAGUAUAACUUGGCACACAAGUAGAAUACACUAA